AUGAGGUACCAUAGCCGAAACGGAGACUUGCGCGCUAUAUCUGGGACCAUGCAGGAGAUGAAUGCUUUGGAUAUUCACGCAGACAUCUACAUCGCCUCGGUCCUGUUACCUGCCCUCCACUCGGCGCGGGCAGACGCACCGCAACUUUCCCACGGCGUCAUCGUCGAUGCCACCACAAGUAUCACGGUCCUCGAACACCUCGUGCGCUCAGAGGACGACGCCGCUUUCGACGCCGCCCUUGCCGUCAUUGAGCACCUGGAAGCAUGUACUUCAGAGCUUGCGCCUACUGCCCUGUGCGGAAUCGAACGCAGAGUCUGGCGUAACCCGUCCUUAGCUGCUCGCUACCGAUACGUGGUCAUCGAAAAGAUGAAAAAGCAUCAACACUGUUCAUUCGGCCCCACGGCCCAGACCAUACACAUCAUUAAAGCGUGUUGCGAAAACUCGGCACCCGAGGCGAUGCGGCGCGCAGUGGUGUACUACCGGACGCAUAAGAUUCCGUGCGGACCGGAGGUUUGGAGUAAGCUCAUGGAUCAGUUAAUUCGGAGGGGCAAGUGGAAGCUUGCUGACGAGUUGGCCGAUGAUCUCGACGUCGAACAGCUCUCAUCUGGCAUGCGGCAUCUGCUUGAUCAGGCAAGAGCUCGCAAUAACUCGGAAUUUGUGGAUAUGGAUCUCGGCGUAGAACAGUAA